GGGUAAGAAGCUCCUCCCAUUUCUCACUGCCUCCUCCAACUCUUAAAACCCUUCUGACUGCAUAGGAGCACACAACCGACGAUGCAAACCAUUGUGUGUGAGAGACAGCGACAAAAAGGUAACAACAAAGGAGACCAUGGCAAAGAAGGUGGCAGUGAUUGGAGCUGGUGUCAGUGGACUGAUCUCUCUGAAGUGCUGUGUGGAUGAGGGACUCGAGCCCACCUGCUUUGAGAGGACCGAAGAUAUUGGAGGACUGUGGAGGUUCAAAGAAAAUGUGGAAGAUGGCCGAGCGAGUAUCUACCAAUCUGUCAUCACCAACACCAGCAAAGAAAUGUCCUGUUUCAGUGACUUUCCAAUGCCUGAAGAUUUCCCAAACUUCCUGCACAAUUCUAAGCUCCUGGAGUAUUUCAGAAUCUUUGCCAAAAAGUUUGAUCUUCUAAAAUAUAUUCAGUUCCAGACAACUGUCCUCAGCGUGAAAAGAUGCCCGGAUUUCUCAUCCUCUGGCCAAUGGGAGGUUGUCACCGAGAGCAAAGGCAAGGAGCAAAGUGCCAUCUUCGAUGCAAUUAUGGUUUGCAGUGGCCAUCACAUCCUCCCUCGCAUCCCACUGGAGUCAUUUCCAGGUAUAGAGAGGUUCAAAGGCCAGUAUUUUCACAGCCGCCAAUACAAGAACCCAGACGGAUUUGAGGGGAAGCGAGUCCUGGUGAUUGGAAUAGGAAACUCAGCCUCAGAUAUUGCCGUUGAGCUGAGCAAGAAGGCUUCUCAGGUGUUUAUCAGCACCAGGCAAGGUUCCUGGGUCCUCAGCCGUAUCUCUGACUGUGGCUAUCCCUGGGACAUGGUGUUCCACACCCGGUUUCGCUCCAUGCUCCGAAAUGUCCUGCCACGAGCAGUUCAAAAAUGGAUGUUGGAACGGCAGAUGAAUCAGUGGUUCCACCAUGAAAAUUAUGGCCUUGAGCCUCAAAACAAAUACCUGAUGAAAGAACCUGUACUAAAUGAUGACCUUCCAAGUCGUAUACUCUAUGGAGCCAUCAGGGUGAAAUCAAGAGUGACAGAGCUCACGGAAACUUCUGCCAUCUUUGAGGAUGGGACAGUGGAAGAGGACAUUGAUGUCAUUGUCUUUGCAACAGGAUAUACAUUCUCUUUUCCCUUCCUGGAAGACUCACUUGUGAAAGUAGAGGAUAAUAUGGUCUCGCUAUAUAAAUACAUGUUUCCUCCUCACCUGGAGAAGGCAACCCUUGUCUGCAUUGGUCUCAUCCAGCCCCUAGGUUCCAUUUUCCCAACUGUCGAACUUCAAGCUCGUUGGGUGACGAGAGUUUUCAAAGGCUUGUGUACCUUGCCCUCAGAGAGGGCUAUGAUGGAAGACAUUAUCAAGAGGAACAAAAACAGAAUUGACCUGUUUGGAGAGAGCCAGAGCCAGAUUCUGCAGACCAAUUACAUCGAUUACCUGGAUGAGCUCGCCGAGGAGAUAGGUGCGAAGCCAGACCCCCUCUCUCUCCUGUUCAAAGAUCCUAAACUGGCUGUGAAACUCUAUUUUGGACCCUGCAACUCCUAUCAGUAUCGCUUGGUGGGGCCUGGACGAUGGGAAGGAGCCAAGAGUGCCAUCCUCUCCCAGAAACAGAGGAUGCUGACGCCUCUAAAGACGCGCACACUACAGCCGGCUUCUCACUUCCCAGUUUCCCUCCUGCUGAAAAUCCUGGGGCUUCUUGCUGUUGUUUUGGCCUUUUUUUUCUAACUUCAGGGUACGAAUCCAUCAGCUUUUGGCUUUAUUAUCAGUCAGUACCAGUUAAAGAAAAAAAAAGACAGAAAGAAAAAAUAUUAAAUAUAUAUUCUAAAGUUCAGAGUUGAGAGGGAAGGAGUAAGAGAGGUAACUGUGGAGAAUUAGCAGGAUUAGGACUAUGUAUGAAACUAAAAUAGUGCCAUGAAAUGUCUUUGCCGUUUCACUCUUCCCUCAAGUUAUCUAGACUCUCCAAAAAGGACAAUCAAAUAAUACGGGCUAAAUAGUGUCGCCAGCCCUGAUAUAGGUAAGCUGUGCAGAAAAUAGCAGAAUUACACAGAAUGAAGAGCAGGCCCCACUGUUUAAAUCACUGGAAAUUUUAAGUUACAGGUACAUAUUUCAAUGCCUGUGUGAUGUUCUGAACAGUCUUUCUAUCCAGACUAUUUGGUGACAAAGUUCUCAGACAUUAGGUCACACUCCAUUUGCUUGGUGGGGAAAUCACUCAAAAAUACUGGAGAAAAAAAUGAAAAUAGACUUUAAAGCCAUGGCAAUACUCAGGCAGCUCUAAGAGUCUCAUAUCGAAAACCAAGCAUUUCUUAUAAUUCUUGUAUUUUCUUAUAUUUUUUAUAUUUUUCUUAUAUGUUGACAGAAACACUGCUGUAAAAUAAAAAUAAACAUCCCAUGAUAGUUAUGUACUAUAUACUUAGUACUUAUUAUAGACUAGACAUUGUGCUGUGUGCACAUUAUGUGUAUUAUAUCAUUUAAUUCUCACAACAAUUCCGGGAGACGGGUGCAGCUCUUACACCGAGUUAGCAGAUAUGAAAUUGAGAUUCAUACCAAUUGAGUGACAUGCACAAGACCAUACAGAUGGUCUUACGAUGAAGCUGGGAUUAGAACCCAGAUUUGCUUGGCCUCAGAACUAAAGACAUAACCUUUCCCUAUAAUAUACUUAAUUACAAAAAUCCCUAGUAUUGAUAAAGUACUGAGCAGUGUAUAUUAUUUACGAACAUAUAUAUAUAUAUUUUUGGAGGACAGCACUCCUUGUAAAUAUAAUCCGAUUAUAUUUGGUUUAUAAUUCAGCUAAACCUAAGAAGCAUUGAAGUAAUUUUACAGUGAAAGGUACCUAUACAAUAACAUUUAAGAUCAUCAUUGACAUUUUGGAAAAACAAUCAUCAAGGAGGAAAAGUAUAUUUCCCAAGUAGAUGAAAAGCAUUAUGAAAACUGAGUCUUGUAUUUAGUUCUAACCUUACAGAUAACCUAGGCAAAAAGCUAAAUCAUAUGUAAUAUUUGUCAUC